CUUUUUUCCUACACUGUGGCGCACGAGCUGAGCGUCAGUUACACACAUACACACACACACACACACACACACACUCAGGCUAGUCCCCCGACUGUCAGCAGAGACAGAGAGAUAAAAGUAACCAGUGAAAAGCAGAUUACACUCCAACCUGUGGAUUUACUCCUUCCUUUUGCGCAUGACGCGGGCGCGCAAGAUGGAGAGGUCGAGCAGCUCAGUUCUGCACGAGAAGUUUCUUAUUCUACACCACUGAACAAAUAGCGACUUGAUUUUAUUCUAAACAGGUUCUAUUUCUUUUGUCUGUAUUUACAGACCUAUAGCGUCAGUCAUGAUUAAGUAGUUUGUGUAUUUCUUACAUUAAAUGUAACUGUUUAGCCUACAAACCAAAAAAACCUCAACUAAAACCAGGCUAGAUAAAACUAUUAGAAUGGACAGCUCAAGUGGACAAGCAGGCAGUGAGAGCUGUCCUCCUCCGAAUGGAGACUCCAGAGCUCGGGGCAGGUUCUCCUUCUCUGCCUGGCGCUCCUCCUCUCUGUCCUCCGCACACGGAGCUGGAGCUGGAGGUGGAGGGGAUCUGAGCCGGAGGCUCCUGAGUCUCGUUCGUAAUUACCACGAGAGAGCUGCUUCUACAGCCGACUUUAACACCAAACCCACUGAGGUGACAGUGGGGGUAGACGGACUGACCACGGCCGAGCCAUCUGCAGGGACCUCAUUUACUUCUAAUAUGGAGGAGUGUGAGUCCAGUGACCAGUCCACUUACCUCCACAAGCAGCUGAGCUCCAUGUUACAACCCGGAGUCAACAAGCACUCGCUGCGCAUGUUCGGCAGCACCCAAGGAGUCGCAGCUGAGCAGGAGAGAGUCCGCUCCUUUGGGGUCUGGAUUAUACAUCCAUACAGUGACUUCAGAAAAGCACCGGAUGUAGUGGAUGAGCUAGAGCAGCAGAAGACCACAUCAGGUACUACUCCUGUGAAACUGGACGGCUGA